GGAACCAUGCCUCAAAGCAACGAGACCGACUGGAUUGUCCAAGUCAACGAGAGCCUCAAAGCCAUGACCUCCGACGAUCAACAACACUGGGGGAAGCGGUCCAUCUACAAGGCCCCCGGCCGCCGCACCAACCUCAACCGCGAGGCCUACCAGCCUCUGGCUGUCUCCUUCGGCCCCUAUCACCACAAGAAGUACCCCCACCUCCUUCCCGUGGAGGAACACAAGCACCGCGCGCUCCUCCACUUCCUCAAGCGGUCCGGGAAGCCUUUUGAAUGCUUCCUCGAGUCCCUGAGGGAGGUGGAAGAGGACCUCGCGGCAAGCUACGAGGCACUGGACCCGGAGUGGAAGGUGGGCAGCGGUGAGGGCACCGCGAGCAAUUUCCUGCAGCUGAUGAUCACUGAUGGCUGCUUCAUGCUCGAGAUCCUUAGGACCAGAACCGAGGAGGUGAACGACUACGAGCCCAAUGACCCCAUCUUCAGCAACCACGGUAAGUUCUACGUAAGUCUGGUCAUUGAGCGGGACAUGCUGCUGCUGGAGAAUCAGCUGCCGAUGCUAGUGCUGGAUCGGCUGGUCGCCGUCUGUGGUGACAUGAAGGAGGACAAUUACAUCAACAGGCUCAUCCUCAAUUUCUACUUCCCCAGCGCGAACAAUCCAACGAUGGGAAAAUGCCUGGACGACCUGGACCUCCGCAGGAAGAGGACGCCGAUGGACACCAAGAAGAAGGACAAGGGUAAGAACGAGGACAGCGAGGAGGGUAAGAACAAGGACAGCCCCAGCGCGAACAAUCCAACGAUGGGAAAAUGCCUGCACGUCCUGGACGUCUACAGGAAGAGUAUGCUGAUGGAGACCAAGAAGAAGGACAAGGGUAAGAACAAGGACAGCGAGGAGGGUAAGAACAAGGACAGCGAGGAGGGUAAGAACGAGGACAGCGAGGAUCUACUCCUGCCAGCCACCGAGCUCCAUGAGCACGGGGUCCAGUUCGAAGUAAACGACACCAACAGCCUCAAGAACGUCUCCUUUGCCAGCGGAGUCCUGAGGCUUCCCAAGUUUCUGGUGGAAGAUGACACUGAGUCCAUAUUCCUCAACCUCAUCGCGUUCGAGCUCUCCCACGUCGGGGCUGGGAGCGAGGUCAUGUCCUACAUCUGCUUCAUGGACAACAUCAUCGACAAGGGGCGGGACGUCGCAUUGCUCCGCGCCGUGGGUAUCAUCCACAAUUACAUGGAGAGUGAUGAGGCGGCAGCCAAGCUGUUCAACUCGCUGGGCAAGGACUUGAUGCUCGACUGCGACAGCAGCCUCCGUGGCGUGAUGAACGACGUCAAAGAGUACUGCAAGAAGAGGAGGCACAUGUGGAGGGCCAAUCUCAUGCACACGCACUUCAGAAAUCCUUGGGUUAUAUUGUCUCUCAUCGCGGCCGUCGUCCUCUUCGGGCUCACUGCAAUUCAAACCGUAUAUGCCGUGCUCAGCUACAAAAAAUGAAUCCUCCCGUAGCCUCACUCUGUAAAAUAUUUUUUUCUUCUCCAUUUUUUAGGUUUUCUCCUAAUGGCUCUCUUGAUCAGUUGUGAUUGUUAAAUACU